AUGUGUUCGUCGAGUGAAAGGCCUGACUGUCGGCGACUGCACUCAUACCACGGCUCAGACCAUCACAUUAAGCGGCGAACCAAACGCUUUCUGUUCCCAUCGACGCUAUCGGUCGUCAAUUUGGGAAAUACAUGCGGCUGUCGGAACCGAUUCCCAUUCCCUUAUGGAGGCAUUCCACCUUAUGGGGGAGGUAUACCCCCGUAUGGGGGAGGCAUUGGGGGAGGCAUACCUCCAUAUGGGGGAGCAUACGGACCCUAUGGUGCCGGCGGUGGUGUACUGAAUGGUCGGCAGACAGGUGGGGCU